UCGUCUAAAGUUAGCUCGUUUAUAAACGCAGUUACUAACUUUUGCUUCAGAUUUUCUUCAUUUGUGAACAAAAAAACCCUAAAAAAUAGCUUAUAAAUUAUUAAAAAAAAUAAUAAUUAUAGUGUUUGAAUAAACAAAUAACAUAUAUGUUACAUAAAUAAUUAAAACAAAACGUGUAUAUAAAUAUUAUAGAUAUGUUCUAUAUAGAAAGAAUAAAUGAAUGGCCGUGUGAAAAAUGUAUUGAGUGUUUAAAAGUAACCACUACAGCACUAUGCUGGGUCUCUUGUUAUAUGAAAAGCAAAUAGACGAAAAUUAUCUUUUGUUUGUAUAUAAAAAAAUAUUCAAAGAAAACAUUAGCUUAAAGAUUUAAGCAAUUUCCAAACAAAUGUUAAAAAUUAUUAAACAAAAAAUAACAAAAAAACAAUAGUGUAAAUAAUGCAAGUUAAUAAUAUUGAAUAAUAAAAAAAAUGUACGUGAGAAAAGAAAAAAAAUAUAAUGAAAGGUUGUAAAAAAGGAACAAGUGAAUGAAAUGACAAAGAAGAGUAGUAGAAUAUCAAGUUAAAAGAAGGAAAAACUAUUACCAACUGAAAAAGAAAACCUAAAAUGGUAAUUCGGCAAUACUAAUGUUCGUAAGAAAAAUUAUAUAUGUAAAAUUUAUAUAAAAGAAAGAACUUAUAAUUUAUGGUGAAAAAAAAUCAAAUUCAGUAAGAAAAAUCCCAAAUGAUAAACUUGCGGCCCUCUUCUAAUUGUGCACCCUUUAAUUAAAUAAUUGAAUUACAAUUCUUUCCAAAUAUAAGAAAAGAAUAAUAAAUAAAAUAACUUCAUAUACCAAUAUUCUUCAUAUUAUCAACCAUCGUAUGGUCAGACCCCAGGAUAAAAAGAAAAUCACGAAAUAUACACGAUAAUUAUGAACAGAAAUACAAAGCCAAGCAUUUGGCAAUGUUUUGUAAGGCAUUGAUUGGACUAUGCAUACAGAUGCACUGCAGUCAACAGUAGGGGUCGUCGGACAGGUACUAACAAAAAUAAGCAAAAUGCUUUUGUCCAUCUGCAAUAAACUACCAUAGAUGUGAAUUUGUCAGCCACGCACAGUCAUUUAGUCAGACGGGCUCAUUAACAGGGCAAAAUAAUGAAAACGGAAAUUUUCGAUUUAGAGGCUGCUGUAACGAAAAAAUCAACAACAAUAAAAACACCGGGAAUAUUUUUUAGUAGUACCCCACAACAUCGAACAACGAAUCCAAAUGCAAGUGGCCCAACAAGACCACAACAACAAAUCUAUAAUAAGACAGCUGAUUUGAAUAGAUAUUUUACGGUAUUUAGUAGUGGCAACAUGGAGGCGACUACCACACACAUAAAUCUCAUCGAUGAUGAGGACGAAAAAGAUCCCUUAGCUUUGGAUACCUCGUCGGGCGAGCGCAGUUCUACCGAAGACUCCUUAGGCAGUGCUCCAUCAACCUCAAAGCAUUCCCACAGUUUAAGACGUCAUGUACCACGUAUUAUUGUUAAACCUAUACUACCCGAUAAGAAACAAACGUUGUGUGCCACCGCAACGGUAUCUUCAGCGAUUAAUGCUAGUUCACCAUCUUCCUCAUCGUCGGCUGCUUCAGUGCAAGUUAAUUGCAGUCCUUCCUCUGGUAGAACCAGCAGCAGUAGACGUAUACAACAACAGCAACAAGCUAAGGCAGCUGCAGCAGCGGCAGCCGCAGCGGCGGCGGCAGCUUCGGCUGCUGCCAAUGCCAUGACCACCACCGCCAUUACCCAGGCCUCUACCAUGCGAGAGGUGUUGGCAUCAAUACCCGGUUUUAGCUUAAAGCCCCGCCGAAGAUCAUCAAAGAAAAUAUCAACUGCCGCUCAAAUAGAACAGACCAAAGAUGGUAAAAUUGAUCUGGAGACACCAGAUUCGAUAUUGGCAUCCACAAAUCUGCGAGCUCUGCUCAAUAAGCAGACGUUUUCUUUGCUCCCACCUCUGUACCAGUAUAAUCUAAUACAACUGUUACCCAGUGUAGAUCGCGAGACCAUUGAAAUGGAACAGAAAUGUCCUGCCAAUACCGUACCCACAGAGGCUAUACGACUGGGUCCCUCAAGUCUAAACAAUGAGUUCUUUGCGCGUGCAUGCUUGGAGUGGCGUGAACGUUUGGGUGAGGGAGAAUUUACGCCUGAAAAUCAAAUGAAACUGAAAACCGAGGCUGAGCGUGAAAAGAAUAAAUUGGAUCCAUGGAAAUUGAAACAUUUCGAACCGAUAUGGGGUGAAAAGUCAUUCAAUCGUGCCAGUAGUAGUCGUACUACUACAACAACUACCACCGCCUCCGCUGAUGUUUGUGUAAAUAAUAAAGUUAAAGUGGAGGUGGCAGCGGGAGCUGAAAAAUUGGAAACUACCAGCACAACAUCUACAUGUACUAUAGUGGUAACACAAACAACAACAAUCUCAACGACAACUGCAGCAACAGAAACAGCAGCGACAAAAAUUACAGCUGCUACUGCUGCAACAGCGUCAACAGCAGGAACAUCAACCACCAGUGCCUCGAAUUAUAUAAAAAACGAAGCAUUAUCCUCAAAUUCGCCCACAUGCUCGCUAAAUUCUUCCACCACAAACUCCUCCUCAUCAUGUUCAUUAGAUGAUCUAGUAGCUGCUAAUAAUACGUUGACGGAAAAUCGCCAUGCCAGCAGUUCGCCUAAACAGCACAAGGAUAACUUUAAAGAAGAAGUGGUGGAUGACGAUGAUGAUGAAGUGGAAUGCAUUGAAACCACGAUAACACCAACUUCAGCAUCAUCAUCAUCAUUAUCAUCAUCAAACAUAAUUACAUUGAAACAAGAAUAUUAUGAUCAAAAGACUGAAAGUAAACAAGAAAAUUAUAAGAAAGAAAUGGAAGAAAAUGAUAGAAUACUGCAAGAUCUACCAUCAUCAUCUGCAAAUGCCAUUAAGUUAAUUCAAGAAGGCCAGAGACGUGGCACUAAAAGACCUUCUAAUAGUCCCACAGCCAGUAAAGAUUUUGCUGAUGAGUCAAAUGAAAUGCAUCAUCAUGCAUCAGCAUCAGGAGUAGCAGCUGUUGCGGCUUCAGCGGUCAAGGAAAAUAAAACAAACAUUGAAAGCAAUUUAAAAGAAAAUGUUCCUACGGAAGUGAAUAAUAGUUUAAAUAGUAGUAGUGAUGACGUUAUAUGUCUUGAUGGUCCAACGACUAGUAAAAAAUUGAAAAUAGAAAACACCGAAAACAGCAGCAGCGGUAGUGGCUCUAGCAGCAACAAUAGUGUUUGUCAAAUUGAUGCUGCUAUAAAUGACGUGGAUGAUGAUUAUGAUGAUGGGGCGUUGGAAGAGGUGAUGGCACCACCAAAUCCCAACAGUACGACACAGUAUCUAGAUGAACAACACAAUACGACGAAAAUGAUUAUGACGUUGACAUUGAAUAAGCAGCAUGAAUAUGUUAUUAAUAAUAAUUCUUCUAAUUCCAAUUCCAAUUCUAAUUCAAACUCUAAUUCCGCCACCAACUCCUGCUCCUCUACACCGCCUCCUCCUCCCCUAUUGCCUGCAACAAUAUCAACUGUUAACAGUACCUGUGAUAGUAAUCUGCCCUAUGCAAUCGAUAUGAUGGGUAGUGAUGACAACACAAAUAUAAGAGAACAUCAGCAGCAUCAACACCAGCAAUUACAACAACAACCACAACAAGAUCAAACAUCAUAUACUCAUACAACGCCUGAAAUGGAACAUGUUCAUGAACUUGAACUUGAACAUCAGCAGCAGCAUCAACAUCAACAGGAUACGAUGAUUUUAACAAAUACAAUGCAGCUGGAUAACUGCACCGAUCAAUUACUACACAAUCCUUAUAAUAAUAACAAUAAUAGCAACAGUAACAACAACAACAAUAAUAAUAAUAAUAUAGACGAGGAUGAAGAUGAUGUUAUUGAGCAAAAGUUUAACGAUGCUGAGAACUAUGUUUUAGAAUCCGGAGAAGUUAGCACAGAUGAUAGUGGCCAUGAUUCUAAACUUGCAAAAACUAAUUUUCAUUGCGUUACUACCACGGCAGCAGCAACAACAAAUGUUGUGGCCACUACUCCCACCACCAACACAGAUAGUGUGGUUAAUACUGCUGAUUUUUUAUUUACUAACUCUUUAGAUCACGUGAUUGUAACGCAUGAACAGCAACACUGCGAAGGAAGCAACAAUAAUAGCAGUAACAACAAUCUAAUGACGAUAGCCUCGAGUCUACAGCAAGCCACAACAUCUUCGACAUUAUCCUCUUCGUCAUCUUCGUCUGCCUCAUCACCAUUGACUUCGACGACUUUAUCUUCAUCAUCCUCCUCAUCAAAUUCAGCGUCGACUAGUGCAUUGGGCAAUGCCAAGCCCAUGAUAACAUCGGUGGUGUCGUUGACGGGAUCACCAUUGGUCAAAGAACAAACACAACUGCAGCAGCAAUCACUUAGUCUGCCAAUGGAGACGACAGCCAGUGAGAUAUUUCAUCAUUUGCAGCAUGAUUGGAAUUUUGGAGGCAUGAAAUUGGAUACAAAUCAAGGGACUCAAGCAAUGGUGGUAGAGCAUGAUGAACAACCCAUGACCAGUAGUUAUUGCAACAUGUUGCAUCAGGGAGCCUUGGGCAGUGGUGUGGGUAGUGGUGGAAGUUCUGGUUCCAUAGCCACUGAGAUUGUACAAGAUGAUAGUCAUACGACUGGGGGCGAUUGCAUACUACAGGAUGCCGUAGCUGGUUUAAUUGAUGAUAAUAGUGCUGAAGAUAAUGUUGAUAAUGUUGAUGAUGAAACGCAGGCAGAGGAAGAUGAGGAAGACUUGGAUGAUAAUGACGCUGUUAGGGAUAUUGUCGAUGAACUGCAACAACAGCACGAGCAAAUACUGCAACUGCAGCAGCAGCAACAACAACAGCAGCAGCACCAGCAGCAACAUCAGUUGCAGCAAGUUGAAAUAGAACAUUUUCAACAUCAGGAACAACAUCAUCAACAACAGCAACAACAACUGCAGCAGCAGCAGCAGCAACAUCAACAACAAUUGGACCAUCAUGUUCAGAAUCAUCAUCAUGCUCAUCUCAAUGAUUAUGUGGGAGAGUUGACCUCAUCUGAUGUGCCCAUGUCUAUAACGGAAAUGGAAGUAAGCAGCACUGUCCUAACAAAUACAAAUUCAAACGAUAGUACCAACGACAUAAGCAUGUGCAGCAGCACAAGUAGCACAGGAAGUCUGACAGCUGCAAAUCUUGCACCCUCAUCUUUAUCUCAGCUGCAGCAGCAGCAGCAGCCACACCAUCAGCAUCAUCAUCAUCAUCAACCACAACCGCAUCAUUCACAAGCACAGCAGCAGCAACAUCAGCCUCAGCAAAUUCAGCCCAAUACCCAAGCAAUACACAAUACAGCAACACAACAACGACAAAUAUUGGUUGAUUCAAAUGGACAAAUAAUUGGCAAUUUUCUCGUACAACAACAGCCAACGACACAGCAUCUCCAAACUCAGGCAGCCACACAACCACAACAACAGCAACAUAUACACCAUCAUCAACAACAACAACAACAGCAGCAGCAGCAGUUAUUGCAACAGGCAGCUCAGCAAUUUACAUUUCAACAGCAGCAUCAGACUCAAGCAACUCCAACACAGCAAACAAAUUCCGUUGCCGCCUUAGCCGCUGCCCAACAACAGAAUACUGUAGCAUUUGCAGCAGCAGCGGCUGCAAGACAACAGCAACGGCAACAAUUGGCUCAGAAAAUGUUGCCGCUAGUAAGAAAAACCUUUGAACAUCAAUUGAACACAAAUGGUGCGCAACAUUUCAUAGCAAAUCCCACAGCUUUAGCACAAACACAGCAGCAGCAACAGCAGUCGACUCAUAUAGAGCAGGCUCACCAGCAAAUACAACAGUUUUCCUUACCCCCUCAACUGCAACAGCCUCAACAACAACAACAACACCAGCAGCAGCCACAAACACAGCGUACGUAUUUAACAAACUCAGCGGCUCAAGUAAACAACAAUAGUCUAACUGCGACAGCAAAUAAUUUGCUGGCAGCAGCAACACAACAACACCAGCAGCAAUUACAAUUGCAACAACAAUUACAACAGUUGCAGCAACAGCAUCAUUUAAAUACAUUUCAAAAUGUAAACAAUCAACCACAACAGCCUCAUGCACACGCGACAACUCAUACGCAGCAGCAACUAUCACCACAUCAAACACAUCAGCAGGCACACAACAGUUUAACACCCAAAUUCAUUUCCAAACAACUGAGUAUUAUUUCAAUGCCUUCGCGUAGUCCCACAUCAGCCACAAUUCCCGCAAGUAUUGCCGCCUCCACAACAGUUGCCAUUCCGUCCACUGCCGUCGUUGCCGCUGCAGCGGCCGCCUCCAAUGCAGCUGCUGCCACAAUGUACAAUAGCAGCAGCAGCAGUAGUAGUAAGAAUAAUCUAAAUGUCCUUAAAACCGCCUUACCAAUAUCUGGAGUGCCUACGACAAUUGCCCAGCAAAGGUUAGCAGCUAAAGCUUCGACAGGCAAAGGACGUAAAUCGACUUCAAAUAAAUUACCACCUGGGGCGGUCAAUCUGGAGCGUAGCUAUCAAAUUUGUCAAGCCGUUAUACAAAAUAGUCCCAAUCGUGAAAAUCUCAAGGCUCAGUUAAGGCCACCAGCUGCACUUUUAAGUCAACAACAGCAGCAGCAGCAACAACAAUCACAACAGCAACAACAACGUCAGCAGCAACCUCAAAUUAUACACACAACAAAUGCAGCGCUGGCGAAAACGUUACCAGUACCGGUGUCUGUCGCAACAUCUGUGGCGAAUUUAAUAAAAACCCAAGAUGAUGUCGUUAUGAAUAGUGCAAUUACCAAUAACACAACGUCUACGGGUAUGCCAGCUAAUAUAAUGGGUGUCGGAAGACCGGGUGUUUAUAAGGUCAUUGGUCCACGCAUGGGUUUUCCACGUAAAAAAUACGUUCAACGUAAAUCAUCACCCACUCUCAUACGCCACAUUUUCGCCAAUCAAGGCUCAGCUGUGCUGCAAAAUGCCAAUGUUACAACCGUACCAAACUCAGCCACUGUGACCGGCGGCAGUGGUGCUGCCCUUAAUACGGUUGGCGUCGGUCAGAAGAUGACAAUAAUGCAACAACCUUGUGUUUCGCCUGGCCAACAACACAAUGCGACCCAACAUCUAACACAUGUCCAGGCUACCCACGAUAUACAUCACAACGGCAAUGGUCAGUACGUACUAGUACAUCGUGCCAAUGUUGGUGCUGCCGAUAAUCAGGCUCCGCGUGCUUCCAGCGCUCCACCAGUUCCUCAAAAUCAGAAUCAAUUACAUGGUAUGAAUGGUAUUUCUAUAACAGGACGCGGGCGUCCUGCUUCAGUGGAUGUAGAUUUGUUUAAUACACUACAAGACAUGCACAAUAAUACAGUUUGUAAUCCGCCAACACCAACAGCAACAAAUGCAACCACCACAACACAAAUAUUGAGACGUAAUAUGGCAACCGGCAAUAUAUACAUAGAGGGUAUUAGUGAUACAACAGCCACGGGUCUUGUUGAUGGCAGUGGCAAUUAUGUCGUUACAACUUCACCUGUGCAUGCAACACCAGCAACGGUAGCUGGCGGUGGUGGUGUAUCCGGUUUUUUAGCUGGUGGCUUACGGCAAAAUCAUCAUCAUCAUCAUCAACAUCUCGAUAGUGGUAGCAGCAAUAGCAGUAGCUGCAACAGCGGUGGUAGUGGCAAUAGUCCAACUAACACAUCAGAUGCAAACAAUUGUGCCUGUUCCUUAAAUGCCAUGGUAAUAUGCCAACAAUGUGGAGCCUUUUGUCAUGAUGAUUGUAUAAGUUCAUCGAAAUUAUGCGUAUCUUGUGUGAUUAGAUGAAUUGAUGGCAGAAAUGCCAUGAAAUGUGAAAAAACAAAAUGACACCAGAUGCAGCAGCAGGAAAACAGUAUUCGCUCACAUAAAUAUGUAAUUUGUAAAAUACAAUACUACGAUAAUUAAUCGCAUUGCGAAUCGUUUAUAACAUUAUCGCGCACUCAGAAUUUCUAUAUUAAUAUUAUUAUUAUUUCUUUUUUUUUUUCUAUCUAUUGUGAAAAGUUUUCAUUCUCAUUCAUUCAUUCUUUAUUUUUUUAUAAUUCUUUUGUUAUAAACGCCUUUUUUUGCCCCAUUUGAUCAAUGUAAUGCAGACUAGCAACAAAAUAUAACAUGGGUUUUUGAACAACAAACAGCACAACAAAUUUGCAACUGUAAGUAAUUAUGCCAAUUUUGUUUUAAAACAAAAUAUAUUUAAAUAAUUUUCUGAAAGUAGUAUAUGAAUUAUAAUAUAAUUAUAUAUAAAAGAUAAUUGCUUUGUUGGACGGAAUAUCCGAUUUAAAAUGUUUAUUUUUUUAAACAUACAAUGAAAUAUUGAAUAUUCUUCUUUUCUGGAAAAAGGAAAAUCUUUGAAAGGGUAAAAAAUAUAUGGUUAUUCUGCACUUUUAUGCGUUAAAUUAAAAAGUAUUCGGAUGCGGAGUAUUAAAUGCUUCUAUUUCCUUGUUACAAAGUAAUUUUUUAAAAGUCUUAUGACAUUUUCUUUUAGUUGUUCGAACUUUCGGUCGCUGAGUUGACAAUCUUUGGCCGAAUAUGAUUCGGGUCGUUCCGGAACGGAGAUCCAAUUGUCGUGGACACGUUUUCUUUUAGUAAAAAAUUUGUCUUUUGUACUUCUUGGGUUCUUCUUUUCUGGGAAGAGACACAUUUUUGAAAGGGUAACAAAUAUUCAUAUUCUGUAACUUUUCUUUCUCAAGAUAAAAAGCAUUCGGAUGCGGAGUAUGAAAUUUUCUAAUUUCCUAAGAAUUAGCCUCCAGUUCUUUGUUCAAAAAGAAAUAGUAUCAGAAAAAUCGCAAAAUUUCCUUCAACCAGAAAAGAAAACGACAUAAAAAGGCAAUGUAUGUUAUCGUAAUUAUAACAAAAUGUACUAAAUUUCAUGCUCGAUAUCGAAUGCCAUAAUCUCAAAUAAGAAAAUUACGAUCGAAGUUACUCGAUAUCGAAUGCGGUAAUUCGGACCCAGAAAAGAAAACCACAUAAAAGGGCAAAAUGAAUGUUACAUUUUUGCCCUCUUUUGUAUGCCUUUUUAUGGAAUGCAUAAAGAAAUGUUAGGACUAGCUGCAUAACUUACAAAAUACACCGUUCUACAAAUCUUGUCUUAGAAAAAGUAUUAAAAUAUUUGAAUUUUCAUGUUAAAUGUUCGAAUUUCGUUCUUUUUACUCACUCUAUUCCUUUUGUUCGUUUGAAAUUACUGUAAAUGUUUGAAACUUAUCUUUAAAAUGGUAUUUAAGUGGUUUGAAUUUUAUUUAAUUACUUUUUUCUUGGCUUUAUUAUUAAAAAUCAUGUUAAUAGCAGGCCAAAUUUGUUUUCAAAAGCAAAAGUCACCUGUUCGUUUUGUUCAAUGCAAAACCAUUCAUUGAGAAAUCGAACGAUUUGCACUUGAUUUGCAACAGAAUAAAAAAGAACAAACUUGUUCUUUUAUUUGUUCUGGGGGGUUAAUAUCCCUUAUUCGAUUCAAAAGGAAAUCUUUUCGUAUUACAUUGUAUUUAGCACAUAUUUUCGAACAUUUUCGUUUUCGGAUUGAGUUACGCAGUAACGCCCCUGAACAUUGAAUUUGAAUAGGAAAAAUGGGAAAAAACUCCCGGGGAAUUUCUAUUCAUAAUUGGGCUGAUUAUUUCAAAAGUAUCAAAAUCACAGUUUAACCCUCCGACGGUUAACAAACUUUCGCCCUUAUAUGAAGUACAAGGUCCACAGGGACCUUUAGGGAAUUUUACAUGAAAACGCAUUUUUUAAACAUUUUUUGUUCCCAUUUUCACCUUUUCAGAUUUAAACACAUUUAAAUCUCAAUAGAAACUAAACUAUUGGUCGGAUCGCUUUGAUUUUUUUUAACGAUUCUAGAUAAAAUUUUCUUGGAAUACAUGUGGGGGGCGGGUAUACUUCCCAUGGACCAUCAAGGAGUAAUUUCAGUUUGAAAAUGAAAAAGAUCCCCAGGGACCUUCUCACCCGCCGGAGGAUUAAAAAAUGAAAAAACAAAAGUUUUUCGAACUCAAUUUCCAUCAUAUACCUGAUUAUUGAACGUAUACGCUUUAGAUGUAGUAUAAUAAUGGAUUCACGAACACUUCUAUUCCCAGAGCUUAUAUUUCAAUAAUUUUCAUUAAGUGCAAGGUAAUAAAUAGAUUUUUGUCAAAAAGACGACCGACAUUGGCUCUUUUUGGUACAGUUUUUAUGAUCUAUUUUAUACAUAUUAAAGAAAAUGUUUCAUAUGGUGGCAGAAAUAUUCUUGUAAGUGCAAAAAAUUUGUAUGUGCCCUGUUGUUGCAGCUUAACAAAUUUUAUUUAUUCUAUCAUUAAUAAAAUGAUAUAAAAAAAAUCCCAUAAAGUGUUAUGCUUUUAAAAGCUGUAGAGUUAAAAAAUUUAAUCAUUUUUUAUAUGUUGGGAACUGGAAAAUUGCUUGCAAUUGAUUGUUAUUCACAUAAAAUUUCACUAUACAUAUUUUCCUUAGAAUCUUGUUAUUAAAUUCACCCGAAUCUGUGGUAUUUAAAUUUUAUAUUUUAACACGUUUUUUUUUUUUUUAAAUUAAUGUAAAUUGUAUAUAAACCAUAAAACUUAUAUAUAAUAAUUAUUUUUAAUUGUUAAUUAUUUGAUUGGCUUUUAGGGCAAAAUAAUAAAACAAAAUUUUAAGCAUAAUUAAGCAAAUAAAAUUCUCAUUCACUCAAUAAAGAAUUAAAUAAAUUCUUACUAAGAGGUCUUUUAAAAAAGUAAGGGGGGCUCGAAUUUUUAAUUUAGAUUUUUUUUUAUUUUAUUAUUUUUUUUUAAUUUAGAUUUAAAAAACUCAAAAACUAAACUAAAUAUAACUUGUAUAUACACACACACAUAUUUCUAUUUGUAAGAUGAUAAUUUUAAAUGCAAAUAUUUGUUCGUUAUAGUUUUUUUUUAUUAUUAUUAUUAAUUUUAUUUUAUUAUACUAUAAUUAUAUAAAGUAAAAUUAAGUUUAUGUAAUUUGCAAAUAUUUUAUAUAUAUAUAAAUAUAUUUUUAUAUAGAUUUUAAGGACUUUUUUCAAUUGGUUUAAGCUAAAGAAAGAAACAAAACAAAAAAAAACAGAGUUGUAUUAUGUUUAAAAUUUAAUUACAAAUGCUAUGAUAACAAAAACCACAACAAAUUGAUAAAGUAACAAACAAAAAUGAAAAAACAAAACACAAAAUUCACACACAUUUACAUACUAUUAACUACAAAACAAAUAAACAUUACGUAUGUUUAUUAACAAUUUAAACAUACAUUAGUUAUUAUAUUGAAAAAACAAAAUAAAUAAAAAUAUAAAUUAUAUUAUAAACAACAAAAUAUUAUUAUAUAUAUAUAUUAAAAGAAACAAGAAAAAAAAAACAAAUAAUAAUUAUAAAUUAAAAAAAAAACAAAUAAAAACAGUUUUUGCUCUUAGAUGCACUCACCGCGCAUAAAAUUAUGAAUAAUAAUUAUUAUACGAAUUAAAUGAAAAGAAAAAAAAAACAAAAUGAUUAUCAUUCAAUAAAAAUACAUUUAAUAAUAUAAAA